AUGUCAAACAUCAAGGUCAAAUCCUACACCCCGAGCUGGCUGAGCAAGCCAGCUCCAGGGCACAAGCUGUUCAAGGCCACGUCCGAGGACCUCAACGCUUCCGUUUUCUCCCCUUACUCGACCGACAAGAAGUCGAGACCUGGUCCGCGCCGGACCAUCGCGCGCCGCGGAACCGAAGUCUUUGUGGCAGUCAACCGGGAGAUACGAUGGGGCGACCUGGUGUAUCUGAAGGAGACCUGGGCGGAGAAGGGCGCCAGUACUCGCAUCAAGAGAGAGGAUUCAAACGGCUCUUUCUCAAUCUACGACGAGACGAGAGACACCAUCGAGGGCUCCGAAGGCGGACCUGCUGAGGGAUACAGGAUCAUCAAGACUCCUGUGGCCGAUGAGAUCAGGCAAAUCGUUGUCUCGCCGAACUCCAACUACCUGGCAAUUCUGACAGCCCAUACUGUACAUAUCUGCGUCCUCCCCGAUUCUUCGCAUCUCACCGCGCCCGACAGCAACCCUCUCAAACCCAAGUUCUUCACGCUGGGGCCAACCACCCAUGUCACAUCAAAAUCCGCGGUCAUGUCCGCCAUCUGGCAUCCUCUUGGUGUCAAGGGCAGUUCACUGGUCACCGUCACGGAGGACGCUGUUGCACGGGUCUGGGAGAUCUCUACCGCCGAUCGAUGGUCGUUUGACGCCCCAACGCUUUCUGUUGAUCUGAAGAAAUUGGCCAAUGGAGUCACUCUGGAUCAGGACUUCACAGCGUCCACAACUGCGACGAAUACGUCCUUUUCGCCAGACGUGUUCGACAUGGAGGUGGCGGCUGCGGCUUUCGCUGCCAGGGGCUCUGGGCUUUGGUCUUCAAUGACCCUGUACAUUGCCAUGAGGGGAGGCGAUGUCUACGCGUUGUGCCCCCUUCUGCCAGAGCUCUGGGCACCUCCUCCCACCCUCGUUCCUUCUCUCUCGGUCUCUAUCGUGGCCAAGCUAGCAGCCAUCCAGGACGAUCCCGAUGUCUCUGCACAAGACAAGCUACUCGCGCAACAGCAACUCGAGUGGAUGUCUGAUCUGGACAACCAGGAGCCCAAAAUCAUUCAAGAUUCACUUGGAGAGCCACCCAUUGAGGUGUACCGCCGCCCAACACAUCCCGGACUGAUACCCAAGCUCCAAGGACCUUUCUAUUUCGACAUGGACCCAGACGAGGACGAGCAGGAUGACCUUGACACGGAACUGGCGGAUAUCCGCGUCAUUGGGCAGAAAAUGGAGACUGACGAUCUCAUGCUCGGAGAGGACGAGGUCUUGGAACUCGACGAGAAUGAACAGGAGGGUCUCUCGUUGACUGUGAUCUGCCUUCUGUCUACGAGUGGACAAGUCAGGAUCUGUCUGGAUUUGGAUGGCGUCGAGGCGAAGUGGCUUCCGCCCCGGGUCAAAUCGAAAGCCAGCAUGAUCACUGACGACGAGGACUUACCCUCACUGCUAACCUACGAGACGCUAGAUGUUCUUGCGUUAUCUGAGGUGACGCCUGAGUGCUGGCCUGUCUUCAGUGAGGAUGCGACUUCUCGAUACUCCUUUUUCAUAACGCACAACUCGGGCAUCACCAACGUGUCUUUGUCUCCGUGGGUGUUCCGGCUCGAAAGCGAGUUGAACGCGGAGUCAGAGGCUGGGUCGGAUUUCAGAAUCGGCUUGAUCGCAAGCGGACAGUCGGCCUCCGCGAGAGUCUACGUCGAGCGGCCACCAGGAAACUCCCUGGCGGCUUGUGUCGCCAUCAGUGAUCCCGACCUCGGCUAUUUCAUUCUUUCAGCCACGCUAUCCGACCCAGUAGCCCUACAGCUCGAAUCCCCUGAGGAUGAGCUUCCACCCAUCAAAUCGUCAUCUUCUCCCACCCCGUUCUACGAACCCACGCCAGAGCAGAAAGCCCCAAUGGAGCUGUUUACGCCACGGCCUGCAUACCAGCCUUCUGCAGUCUUCGAUCAACCAUCAAACUUGCACAAGAUGCAGCAAUUGCUCAUGACAAGCAGGCAUGUGGCCCUGAUGCAGCAGCAAAUCCGUCUGUCGCCAGCCACGCUCAAGGUAUUCUCCAACGCGCAUCAGAUCAUCAGCACAGAGUCGGGGCGUCUUAACGAGGCAGUGUCGGAGCUAUUCCGAAGAUGCGAUGCCUUGCGUGCGGAGCUGAAGGACCAGAUCGAUAAGGCCAACGAGCUGAAGAGCAGGAUCGACAGAGUCACGGGCGGGGAUGAUGGAACGGAGUCGGACGACACACGCCUCACCCGAGCUGUGUUUGCACGACGCAAGAAGCAGGAGGAGUUGAUGCAGAGGUUUGAGAACCUGCGGAAGAAGGUUCAGCAGAAGACGAGUCGCGAGCUCAGCGACAAGGAAAAGGCAUGGGUUGAGGAGGUCAAGACAGUCGAGCAGAGCCUGUCAGAGCCCGGCGAGAGCGACAAGGGGGCGAUAGCGAUAGCUGGCGCGCCCAAGUCACAGCGACCAGUAGAGCGUAUCCGGGAGAUCAGGAGCCUCAAGGACGAGCUGGCAGGUCAGGUGGCAGGCUUGGAGGGCAAGGAUAAGGCGGGUGAAGGGAACUCGGAGGGUAGCCCUGCGUCUUCUGUAGCGAGCCUCAGGAUACCAUCCGAGCUGAGGAAGGCGAAGGUAUCCCAGGUCAGGAGCCUUUUGGACAGGGAGACGGCGCUUGUGGAUGCUCUGCAAGAUAGGCUGGAGAGGUUGUCGGUUGGUUAA